CCGGAAGUUGGUGACGUCUCAGACAAAACAAAGAUGGCAGGAAUGGGAAGCAGUAGCUAUUGGGAAGAUCUACGAAAACAGGCCAGGCAGUUGGAGAAUGAACUGGACCUGAAGUUGGUUUCCUUCAGUAAACUGUGUACCACCUACAACAGUUCCAGGGAUGCACGGCGAGGAGACACGUCUGACACCACACCGUUGCUAAAUAACUCCACACAGGACAGGAUGUUUGACACCAUGUCAGUGGAGAUGGAGCAGGUCCUGGCCAAACUGACGACGGUAAAUGACAAGAUGGCGGAGUACACCAGUGCCCCGGGCACCGCUUCUCUGAAUGCCGCACUCAUGCACACUCUCCAGAGACACAGAGACAUCCUACAGGAUUACACACAUGAAUUCCACAAAACCAAAGGAAAUUUCUUAGCCAUUCGGGAACGGGAAGACCUAUUAGGAUCUGUCAGAAAGGACAUUGAAAUGUAUAAAAGUGGUUCUGGUGUCAACAACAGAAGAACAGAGCUGUUUCUGAAGGAACAUGAGCAUCUGAGAAAUUCUGACCGACUGAUGGAUGACACAAUAAGCAUUGCCAUGGCGACCAAGGAGAAUAUGACAUCCCAAAGGGGCUUGCUGAAAUCCAUACAGAGCCGAGUCAACACGCUGGCCAACCGUUUCCCAGCCAUCAACAGUCUCAUCCAGCGAAUCAACCUCCGGAAGAGACGGGACUCCCUCAUCCUCGGCACUGUGAUUGGCGUCUGCACCGUUCUCCUCUUGCUCUAUGCUUUUCACUGAAUAUUUAAAAGGAGCAGAUAGGCUCUUUGUAAUACACGUCUACCAGGAAUUCGGCUCAUUGAUUGAGUACUCUGGAGACUCCUUGGCACGAGGACGUAAGGUCUGUUCAACAAGAUCUACUGAACUUAUAUCUAGCUUUGGGACAGAUGGACAAUUUACUGGUUGGCGGAUUAUUUCCACCAGCAACAAGACACCGGAAACUAAAGUACUAAUAACUCAAAACUUGUAUUAUAACUCACUUGAAGAGACAAUGUGGUGAGAAACGUUGGAAUAUGUGAUCGUUUUUUUUUUUUUUUUUUUUUUUUUCACAUUGGGAAGAUUUUUAUUUGAACGCGGUUCUUUUUAAUUGAUGUGCAAGUUUGAAAUGGACUUCAAUGUGAGUCAAUAAAUUAUUCAUAUCCAUUUAUUGUGAAAAAUAAAUUUAAAUUUAAGUGGAUUUUUUUUUUUUCUUUUUACUCCGUUGUGACCGAGUGGAAUGUAUAAAGCUCACCUGGCAUUGCAGUUUUUGCAUGUCAUCAAUACUAAACAAAAUUAAGUUUGCGCUUGUGUAACAUUUAAGAAUGUAAAAAAUUUUACUUUUUUUUUUAUUUUUUUCAAGUUCUUACAAUUUUAUGAUGACCAAAGUAUGACUGUAUUUGGUGCUUAUUCUUUAGGCAGAAGGCAAUUACAACACAAAUCCCAGGCCUAAUCAAACGAUGCAAAGUACUAUCAAUCGGGAUGAGUCAGCAUGAUGCCAGAGAUGGACAUCUUAUCUGCUUUGAUUUUUAUGUUCAUCCCCUCUCACAAAUAAGAUGCUUCAGAUGUGUCGAUUCGAUAAUCCAUUGAAUUUUGACAACUAUGUACAGUUGUCUUCACAAUAAUUGCAGCGUUUAAAAGGAGAAAUAACCUCAACCAAAUGUUUCCUGUAGUUGCAGAGCAGACCUGGAAAACGUUUAGGAGGAAUUUGGGACCAUUACUCUUUACAGAACUGUUUCAGUUCAGCAAUAUUCUUAAACUGCCAGGUGUGAAUCGCUCACGAGGUCAUGCCACAGCAUCUUAAUUUGGUUCAACUAUUUUUUCUUGCAGCUGCAGAUUGGUAGAUAAAUAGAUGUAUCAAAUGUGUUAUUCCUUUACAGAAAUUUAAAAAGGAAUCGUAAUUUAAAAAAAAAAAAAAAAAAAAAAAAAAAGGACAACCGUUUACCGGAUAAACUGCUUGAAUAUUUUGUUCUCCUUUGAAACAAUGACCUCAUACGAAGUGAGCAACCACUGUUUCUGAGAAUUGCUUCACAAUCCGUGUUGCAUGGAGUCGACCAACUUCAGGCACCUGUCAACUGCUAUUCAGCCAAGGACGAUUGGACUACACUUCUCAAUUUUCUCCACAAUUCAUGGUUUCACCUCAGAACGGCAUUGGAUCAAGGUCUGUGGAUUGGGCCUGUCAUCUCUUAAUAGUUUAUCUUAUGCUGCUCUGGAAACAUGAUUGCUGGUAUGCAACAAAUGGGCUCCAACACCAUAGUAUGAGAAACAUCAUUUUAUCACGACGCUUGGGCCACAAAGCUUCAGUCUUAGUGUAGUAGUUCAGUGUCUGUGGCCCCUCAACCCAAAAGGAUUGAUGAUCCUUACAUCAGCUGACAAAAUUGUCAUCUCUUUUUUUAGGUCAGGCAAUGUCUUCCUUAACAAACAAAAGCAAUUAUAUUAAAGUAGAAAAGUAAAAGGCUAAUGAUCAAAGCACGACUGACAAGUAGGGAAAAGACAACGUGCGAACAAUCAGCGACUCAAUGAAGGAGUAGGAAUAUGAAAAUGCUGGAACUUACAGGGCAAAAAAAAAAAAAGAGCACGAAAACACCCAACUAGGAACAGCAUCCAAUAUGGGUGACACCUUAAUGCAGCGCAGCGAAGACAAUGGAAAGAUUUGGGGUCUUCCUGGCGUGGUCCGCAAAGUUUAGGACUGCUGGUUACCAAGAGCCCCCCAGGUGCUUGCCUCCUUGCCAACCCCUCCCUUCACAGCCUGUAAGGAGGAACCAACUGACAGAAAGGGGGGGGAAACCUCAAAGAGUGGGUCAUAACUACGAUGUGGACACAAAGUACUAACUUGUAGGGUUUGAUAUCAUUCCCAUGAACAACUUGGAUGUCUGGGUAAGCAAAAGGAGCGCUAGAAACUACAAUACACAAACACGAUGUCCUCCACCUUUCCUUUUCUAGGGAAGGUGUGCUCGAUUUGGUUAACCAGCUGUGUUUUGGGCACACAUUAUACCUAUUUCAUAGCCACAGUUUAGUAUGUUAUAUCCAUAUUGAGGCCACAAUUAACAAAAUUUACCCCCCCGUGUCUUGUCUGGGGUUCCGUAUUACAAUACCAACAGUUUGCCUUUUUUGUUUUUUUUGUCUUUUGAACAGCCUAUAGAAUGUGCUAUGUUCCCAAUGCAUUUGUGUGUAUGGAAAUCUUUUGGUUGGCAAUGAUUUAGUUUUCUUUUCUUUUCUUUCAGCAUUACUCCCUUUUGUAAAGUACUAUUAAACUGAAUAGAGAACACUGAUUUGAUGAUCGCUCAGGUCAAAGGCUACAUGGCAGGAUGAGGUUAAAGGCCAGAAAAAAAUAUUUUUUCUCCAUCAGUGCAAACUUCAAACACAAUAACAAACGUUAAAUUAGUAGUUGGUUGUUUUCAAGGAAUUGUUGAUGUAGCUUGUUUAUUGGAUCUGAUUGGAUUGAGCAAGUGUUCUUAAUGAAGUGGACCAUGAGUGUAAACCUUUAGGAAGUGUGGAGUUUGCAUGUUUUCUGCAGGUACUUCCUGCCAUAUUCACAAUUUCCAAAAACAUGCUUGUUAGGUUAAUUGAAGAUGCUAAAUUGUCCAUAGGUGUGAAUGUGAGAGUAAAUGUUCACAUGCCCUGUGAUUGGCCAUUUUUGAUACUUUUAUUUCUGUAUUUAUUUUUGCAUUCAUUCAUUAUUAUUAUUAUUAUUAUAUAUAUAUAUAUAUUUUUUUUACAUUGUUUUCAUCAUUACAACUUUAGUCAUUGAGACAGUCCAAUAAGCUACAGAUUUGUGUCUCGUGCCAUUUAUGCAAAUGUCCCCAUUGUGAGAUUAAUAAAUAUCAUUUUAUCCUGGUCAA